CAUUAAUUGGACACUCUAAAUUGCCCAUAGCUGUGAUUUUGAGUGUGACUGUUGUCUGUGUCCAUGUGCCCUGCAAUUGGCUGGCGACCAGUUCUGGGUGUAUCCCGCUUCCUGCCUGAAAAUAGCUGGGGUAUUCUCCAGCGCUCCCCCGACCCUCUCAGAAAAUGGAUGGAUGGAGGUUGAAGACGUACCAAGUCACACUCCAUAGCAAUAGGUGGCGGUAAUGCCCAUUCAUAAAACACAGAAAAAAAAAUCUGAAGUUCCGCCGUAAAGGAUCAUGGGUAACACUUUUUUUUUUUUUUUACUUCUGGCCAUGUGUGAGGCUGUUCGAUCUUACUUCUGUAAGUCUUGCUAUAUUUGGACUGAAUGUUAUGAUUUAUCCACGUGGGACGCCCCUGAUCACUACUUUAGUGGACCAAAACGUCUUUCAUGCAAUCUUCGUGUCCGACUGGAGUCGUCUCGUCCAUGUUGAAGGUUUUCAGCCUAGCUUAGUUUAGCUUUCUAACAAAGAGAUUCGUUUCCGUUUGCAAUCAACACUUCGUGAAGGAGAGCUCAAGCGUUCGGCAAAGUUCAUCUUUCCGCUGCCAGCUAAGCGGAAAGUGGUGUGAUUGCUGUGUGAAAAUGUGUGCAAGAAGGACAGCAGAGUACAAGGAGGAACAUUGGGGCCCAAAAGAGGAGAAGAAGCCACAACGUCAAGUACUGGACGCUGUGUUCAAUCUGCAGCCUCAAACUGUGCUACAUAGAGCAGACAUCAGUGAAAAUCUUCAUCCAGACCGGCAGCACUCAGUGUCCUGUCACAUCAAAAAGGAAGAAGAAGGUGAAGAGGUUCAGCAUAUCAAAGAGGAGGAGGAAGAUGUCGUACACAUGAAAGAGGAAGAGCAGGAGGAAAUCAUCCAGGUUCCAGCCACUGCUGUCCUUUUGAAGAGUGAAGAUGAAGGUCAAAGUGAGGAGAGACGAGGGGCAGAGCCUCCAAGCAGGGACAGCUCAAGUGAUGGAGACCUUUGUGAUAGGUCACAAACAGGCGGUCAUGAUGAUGAUGAUGAUGAUGAUGACCAAUCAGAAGGUGAUAUGACAUGUCACACUUCAAACAAAUGCUGGAAAUGUUCUCACUGUAGGAAAACUUUUACUUCCAUGAGCAAUUUCAACCAACACAUGAAAAUACACCCUGGAGAAAAGCCUUUUGCAUGCUCAGUUUGUGGUCAAAAAUUCACUCGGAAGGGACACUUAAAAAUUCACCAAAGAACACACACUGGUGAGAAACCUUUUUUCUGUUCAUUUUGUGGUCAAAGAUUCUCACAGAAGGGAACCUUAAAAACACACACAAGAAUGCACACUGGUGAAAAACCCUUUUCCUGUUCAGUUUGUGGCCAAAGAUUCUCCCACAAGGGAACCUUAAAAAUACACACAAGAAAGCACACUGGUGAGAAACCAUUUUCCUGCUUAUUAUGUGGUCAAAGAUUCACUCAGAAAGGAGGUUUAAAAAGACACACAAGAACACACACUGGUGAAAAACCUUUUUCCUGCUUGAUUUGUGGUCAAAGAUUCACUCGGAAGGAAGAUUUAAAAAUUCACACAAGAACACACACUGGUGAAGAACCUUUUUCAUGUCCAGUUUGUGAUAAAAUAUUCACUCGGAAUGGAGAUUUAAAAAGACACACAAGAACACACACUGGUGAGAAACCUUUUUCAUGUCCAGUUUGUGAGAAAAGAUUCACUGAGGAGGGACAAUUAAAAAGACACACACGAACACACACUGGUGAGCAACCAUUUUCAUGUCCAGUUUGUGAUAAAAGAUUCACUGAGGAGGGACAAUUAAAAAUACACACAAGAACACACACUGGCGAGAAACAUUUUUCAUGUCCAGUUUGUGAUAAAAAAUUCACUGGGAACAGAAAUUUAAAAAUACAUAAAAGAACACACACUGGUGAGAAACCGUUUUCCUGUUUAGUUUGUGGCCAAAGAUUCUCCCAGAAAGGAAACUUAAAAAUACACACAAGAACGCACACUGGUGAGAAACCUUUUUCCUGCUCAGUAUGUGGUCAAAGAUUCACUCAGAAGGGAGCUUUAAAAAGACACACAAGAACACACACUGGUGAGAAACCUUUUUCCUGCUUAGUUUGUGAUCAAAGAUUCACUCGGAAGGAAGAUUUAAAAAUACACACAAGAACACACACUGGUGAGAAACCUUUUUCAUGUCCAGUUUGUGAUAAAAGAUUCACUCAGAAGAGAAAUUUAAUAAUACAUAAAAGAACACACACUGCUGAAAAAUAUUUUUCCUGCUCAGAUUGAGGUCAAAGAUUCUCUAAGUACAGUAACCCUGUUUUUCGUGGUUAAUGGGGACAAGAACCCCCUGUGAAAUGUGGAAAAACUGAGAAGUAGACCACCACCACACACACAAGUGUCUCAGCUGCUUCUGUUCUUGAUUCUUCUGUAAACAGAUACAUUAAAUUAUCUGUUUACUCUUGUUAUCCAUGUUCUAAUGAUUCUGUGCAUUAUGUGCUGAUUAUAUGUGAUUGUGUAUUAUAUGUUAACAAAUAAAAAAAAAUAGUUGGGCUACUGGUAUUGGCCAAAUUUGUGAAAAAGCAAACUGUGUUGUGACUUAUGUUGUUCUCACUUGAUCUUUUUUUCUUAGAAAGAUCUCACCUGUGAGACCUUUCCAGCAGUACUUGCUGGGACUUGUUUUUCUGGGGUGAACUGACAUGCUUGAACUGGGUUUUAAUAUAAUCUGGGGAUAACGGAUCAUCACUUUUUUCUGCAAAUUCAAAGAACACCAUAUACACUAUGUUUAAAACCAUUGUUUAAGAUCCACUCACAUUUAGUUGUGGCUACUUGAAAUAUCUAAGAACCCAUGUAGAUCUAUAUCUGAAAAUUAUGAAGGAAAUUGGUUAUUUUUUACUUUCAUCAAAAUUACAUAAUGUAAAUUUUUUCAGCUAGUGUGUGCUGCACAGUCGGCCACACAUGAUCAUGUGAUCAGCAAACAGUCAUUUACACCAAUACAGAUUUGCUGUUCAGGUAUUUUGAUAUAUUUAUUAUGACUGUCUUAUCUUUCCUCUUGAAUAAUUAAAAUGUAA